CCCAGAAGAACUGGCGGCGGCGGACAUGGCGGGCUGAGGGAGGCGAGCUGCAGGAGCCUCAACAGCCGCCGCCGCGAUGUGGCUGAAGCCAGAAGAGGUUCUGCUCAAGAACGCGCUCAAGCUGUGGGUGUUGGAGCGCUCCAACGAGUAUUUCGUGCUGCAGAGGCGGCGAGGGUAUGGGGAGGAAGGUGGCGGGCUCGCAGGCCUCCUGGUGGGGACACUGGAUGCCGUCUUGGAUUCCACAUCCAAAGUGGCCCCUUUCCGUAUCCUGCAUCAGACACCAGAUUCUCAAGUCUACUGGUCUAUUGCAUGUGGAGCCAACAGAGAAGAAAUAACCGAGCACUGGGACUGGCUAGAACAUAAUGUCAUGAAGACCCUCUCUGUCUUUGAUUCCAACGAAGACAUCACGAGCUUCGUGCAGGGGAAGAUAAGAGGCCUGAUUGCGGAGGAAAGCAAAGGCUCUUUGAACAAAGAGGAGGAUCCAGAGAAGUUCCGCGAAGCUCUCAUGAAAUUUGAGAAGUGCUUUGGUUUAGCUGAGCCGGAGAAGCUGGUGACUUACUACUCUUGCAGCUACUGGAGGGGCCGAGUGCCCUGCCAGGGCUGGCUGUACCUUAGCACCAACUUCCUUGGUUUUUACUCCUUUCUGCUUGGAGCUGAAAUAAAACUUGUCAUAGCUUGGGAUGAAAUCUCAAAGCUGGAAAGGACAUCCAACGUGUUCUUGACAGAGAGCAUUCAUGUAUGUUCCCACGGAGAGGAUCACUACUUUUCCAUGUUCUUGCACAUCAGUGAGACCUUCCUUCUCAUGGAGCAGCUGGCGCUGUAUGCCAUUCGGAGACUCUUUGACAAGGAGACCUUCGAUGGUGACCCCGUCCUCCACAAUCCCUUGCAAAUCACCAAGAGAGGCCUCGAAAGCCAAGCCCACAGCAAGCAGUUCAACGCUUUCUUCAGGUUACCCAACGAGGAGACCCUGAGGGAGGUGCACGAGUGUUUCUUAUGGGUGCCUUUCAGCCACUACAACACUCUGGGGAAAAUGUGCAUUUCUGAGAACUACAUCUGUUUUGCCAGCCAGGAUGGCUCCUUGUGCAGCGUAAUCAUCCCCCUGAGAGAGGUUGUAGCAGUCGAGUCAUCUGACCCCACUAGCAAAGCAGUCAGCAUCAGCACUAAAGGAAUGAAAGCCUUUCGCUUCUCGGAAGUCAGGGAUUUUGAACUCCUGGUGACAAAGCUCAGAAGCAGGUGCGGUGCAGCCUCAAGCCCCCAGCAUGUUGUGAAUGUGGAGGCUGCUGCUGGCCCAAACCCCGACUCUCUCUUGGACUACUACGAGGGUCAGCCGAUGGCAAGCCACAAGGGCAAUAGCAAGACGGUCAGCACAGAAGCACUCAUGACAGUCUUCCACCCUCAGGAUAUGGAAAAUUUGGACUCCAAAAUGUUAAAAGAAAAAAUGAAAGAGCAGUCUUGGAAUAUCCUCUUCAUAGAAUGUGGCCGUGGUGUAAGUAUGUUUCGGACAAGAAAGACCAGAGACCUGAUUGUCAGAGGGAUCCCAGAGGUUUUGAGAGGAGAACUCUGGCUGCUGUUCUCAGGCGCUGUGAAUGACAUGGCAACCAACCCCGGUUACUACGCUGAGCUGGUUGAGCGGUCUCUGGGGACGUGCACUUUGGCGACAGAUGAGAUCGAACGGGAUCUGCGUCGUUCCUUGCCUGAACACCCGGCCUUCCAAAGUGACACUGGUAUUUCUGCUCUCAGGAGGGUACUCACAGCCUAUGCCUACAAGAAUCCCAAGAUUGGAUAUUGUCAGGCAAUGAAUAUUUUGACUUCGGUGCUGCUGCUUUAUGCCAAAGAAGAGGAAGCUUUCUGGCUUUUGGUUGCUGUGUGCGAAAGAAUGUUACCCGAUUAUUUCAACCGCCGAAUCAUUGGUGCCUUGGUAGACCAGGGGGUGUUUGAAGAGCUCAUCAGGGAACACUUGCCCCAGCUGACGGAGCACAUGACAGACAUGACGUUCUUCUCAUCAGUCUCCCUCUCCUGGUUCCUGACUCUGUUCAUCAGUGUGCUGCCCAUCGAGAGUGCCGUCAAUGUGGUCGACUGUUUCUUCUACGAUGGGAUAAAGGCCAUCUUGCAGCUGGGCCUGGCUGUGCUGGACUACAACAUGGACAAGCUGCUGACCUGUAAGGAUGAUGCAGAGGCUGUGACAGUUCUCAACAGGUUUUUCGACAGCAUCACCAACAAGGACAGUCCGCUGCCUCCAACAGUGCAGCAGGCUUCUGGGGCCAACGACACGAAGAGUCAGCAUCCCAAAGUGGACAUCACCGACCUCAUCCGCGAGUCCAAUGAGAAAUAUGGAGAGAUUCACUUUGAGGAUGUGGAGAGCAUGCGUUGCCGGAACAGGCUAUACGUCAUCCAGACCCUGGAAGUCACAACCAAGCAAAAUGUGCUGCGUGUCAUCUCUCAGGAUGUGAAAAUUAGUGCCAGUGACCUGGAAGAUCUGUAUGAGUUGUUCAAGAAGGAGCACUUUCUGUCGUGCUACUGGAGUGUGAACAGUCCAGCCUUGAAGCACCAUGACCCCAGCCUGCCCUACUUGGACCAGUAUCGCAUUGACUGCCAGCAGUUCCGUCUCCUCCAUCAUCUCCUCAGCCCCUGGGCCCAUUGUGCAAACAAGGACUCCCUUGCCCUCUGGACCUUCCGGUUGCUGGAUGAAAAUUUAGAUGGCCUUGUAAACUUCAAAGAAUUUGCCUGCGUUCUGGAUACCAUGUAUUAUGGAAGUUUUACCCAUAAGCUCAAGCUGCUCUUCAAGCUUCACAUACCUCCUGCUUUCACCGAAGUGGAGUCCCUUAGCCCUUCCAAAGGGGCUCAGCUCUCAAAAGAGGAAUUGAUCCACUUCAGUCUAUUAAAUGUUUCCUCACCUGGGGACAGCGAGGAUGAAGGUGCUUUGAAGAGGAGCCCAGACAAAGGGAAAGGAAAGCUUGACAUCCAGGCCUAUUUGAAGCAAUGGCAAGAUGAACUGCUGAAAAAGGAAGAAAAUAUUAAGGAUCUGCCACGAAUGAAUCAGUCCCAGUUCAUUCAGUUUUCAAAGACUUUGUAUAACUUGUUUCAUGGGGACCCAGAAGAGGAACUGCUCUACCGGGCGAUCGCCAUCGUGACCAGUCUCUUGCUGAAGAUGGAGGAGGUUGGCAGGAAGCUCCACAGCCCUACGGGGCCAGCCAAAAGUAUAACCCCUUCUGCAGCUGAUGUCGGUACAGAAAAUGGCAGCGAACCCCAGGAGACAAGGCCAGCCCAGCAGACUGACCGAGCAGGACCCUGUAGCCCCAGCAGAGCAGAUGGCGAAUGGUCGUUUGCUUUCGAGCAGAUUUUGGCCUCUUUACUCAACGAACCCGCCCUAGUGAGAUUUUUCGAGAAACCAGUGAAUGUCAGAGCCAUGUUAGAAAAUGCAAAAGCCGCUCAGUUAAAAGCGAGAGCUUGGGUAUAGCGCUUAAUGCGAGGUCUGCUUAUGUCUCCCGCUUUGCUUAAUGUGGAGGGGCUCAGGGCUGUGGGCCGUUUGUGAGCUCGGUGUAUUGAGUUUGUUGGGAGCUUAGGGGUUGAGGAUUUAGCUUGAUCCCACUUGUGCCUGCCUAGGGUAAUUUGUGUCUCUUUCCUUUUUUGCAAAGUUAAGUAAAUACAGCCUGAAGCACAGUUGCACCUGAUUAUUACAUAUUCAAGCACCCCCAGAGACAAGUGCAAUGUUCAGUUGACUUGGAAGAAGGCUCACAGAGGGCGCUGCUGCAGCAUGUUUGAUCCCAAGCCACUCUGUUGAAUGUACUGUCUGCCACCUCCCCUUAGAAGUGUGCUGGCAUCCAGUUGUUCUGUUGUAAGGUUGGUUGCUUUUUCCAAAGACCCACUUUCUAAGCUUUGAAUGUUGGUUUGCUUCAUACUUUGGGAGAGAGAGCACAGGUGGUCAUGGUAAACGUGGCUGUUACAGAUAAGUUUCUUCCUUCUGUGAUAUGGGGCUGAGUGUUCUUUUUAAAAAUCGUAUCUAUUAGUGAUGAAUUUGGGAAGGUUGCAGAUUCAGGCUUGGAACUCUGAUAAUGUCUGCCUCCUCUUGUGGCACGGCUUCUCACCCUGGAUCGUUCUCUAAAAUUUUGGGAAGUGCACCGUUGAGAUUUGUGCAGGUUUUGUUUGUUUGUUUUGCAAUUUGGCCUGUGCCUUCUUGUUUGCUUACCUUCUUUGGUUAAUUCACGUUGGUGCCAUUUGUGGCUUCUUUGACAGCCAUGACUUUUCAAACUCUGGUAAAGAAUGGAUGAAAGAACAGGAGGAGGCGGUCCCUUGCUGCAUGAACAUUGUCUGGUCUCCAAGGCCAGACAGGGGCCACUAACGUAGACAUUACCAUACUGGAUAGGGGUAGCAGAAACUGGAUUUUAGGAUGUUCAGUUACCUUUAAUUGAGGCCUUGCAUGGUGCUAUGUGGCAUGGGUGUCUGGUGAUGCAGACUGAAAAGCUUGCUAAAGAUUAUUUCAAGGAAUGGUGAACACCGCUAGGGAGACUUGUUUCCUGCUGGUGUCCAUAACUCCUUCACCUGUUUUUCCAGCAGCAUCUACUCAGUGCUUGCUACUUGUCAAGUUGCUGAGGGCUUCCUGGAACCUUCGCCCUCUGUUGUUAGAGGUCCACUUUCGUGGACGCAGCUGGAUAAAUGCCCUCAUGCUUAGAUUAAUACUUAACUUGCUAAACAGUCAGAAUGAACUUGAGCAUUCCAGGAAAGCUUUUAUUAAACGCAAGUGAAGGUAGUUGCAUUUCCUUUGGUUUAACAGGUCAUCUCAGCUUGAUGAAGGGAAUGUUAAUAGGAAAAAA